GCAGACGCCGCGGUGCCGUCACCAACGAUCGCUUCUAACCCUAACCAACCGGCCGUCGGGCGGUGGUAUUUGUCGGAAGAAGGAGACGCCGUGUUUUUGUUCUGCCUCGCGCGGCAGAAGUCGUCUUCAUCCUCGCCGUUGGAUCUGCAAGGGGGUCUCGCCUAUUCUUCAGGCGGCGGGGAUUGUGAGGUUUUUGUUUUCCUCGAGAUGAGUUCGAUUGGAAGGGGUGCUGGUUGUGCUGGAGUUUAUGCUGCUGCUGUAGCUUUGGCCAAGGUGUCACUAAUUAAUCGCGAAGGCAGUGAUGGGGAUGCAGGUGAGAGGGUGGUAUGGUUGAUACCAAGGCAAAUGCCAGUGGAAUAAAUGAGUCAUUCAAAGUCGAUGGUGUCACCUGCGCUUCUCAUAUCGGUGCUGACAGUGUUGAAGGUAUUUCAUCGUCAGAUGUUAACAAUUUGAUCAUGCAUUCUUGCCGUGACAUCAAUGUCGAGCAUGUUGCACCCAAUUCCCCACUGCCGUGCAACAUGGGUGUGCCUCCCAAUGUUGAACCAUGUAUAGCUUCCGGUGGAGACAAUAUUUCGUGCAGGCUGACUCCAGCGUGGUGUGAUACGCAAUCGCAGUCAGUCAUGGGCAAUGAGAUUGUUACACAGGAUUAUAUGGUCUCACGGCAGUUAAGGAAUGAGGAGAUAAGGCAGGCAGAGAAGCGGAAUUUUUUCCAGAGAAAGUUGAUGCUCAUGAGAGGAAGAAGCGGUUGAGGCUCCCCAAAGGUGUAGUUGAUUCCUCAAAUGUCACAAGCAAUUCUCAUGUUCCAGAUGCAUGUGCUGGAGUCCGUGUGCAAGUUGGCACAUCACUGGACGUCUCUGCUAGUCUGAAUGUAACUGCAAACAUGGGUUCGGUGAGUGAAGGCGGCCCUACAGUAUCUUCUAGCCAAGGGAAGCGCAGGGUAGUUGUUGCAAAGAUUAAGCAUGGACUUCGUGGCACCCAUCCCACCAGUGGUGUAGCUAGUAAAAUUGUUGAUCCAUCUCUGCGUCAGAGUCCACGCAUUGCUAGUGGUCCAGUGGUUGAUCGUGUCUAUCCGAGUGUUAAGCUUGACGGAAAGCAUGUUUCUUUCGAGGGCUCAGAGGCUGGAGGUGGUUGUAGAGGACCUUCUGUUGAUGGCAUUAGGCUCGACUGGAAUAAUGUUGUUCCUAAGAAGCGUCGGCCCAAGGUUGUUGGGAGUGGACCAAACAAGAAGGCGGCAAAGUCCACGACAUCAAAUGUUGGUGCUUGCGAUAGGAUCAAUGUAAUUGUUCGAUGUUCUUUGGGAGAGGUUUCUGAGGCAGUUGCUCUACUUGACACACGACAUAAAGAUAUUGUUCGUAAGGCUGGUUUUGGCUGUGUAUUUGACUGGGUUCUGAAGGGCAAUGUGUCGCGCCUUCUGAUGUGUCACUUGAUGAAGAAUAUUGACACGGCCACGAUGCGCAUUGACUGUGGCCCUAAUAAAGUUCUUGUAGUCAACAGAGAAACCGUGCAUCAGUGUUUUGGGUUCCCGAUGGGUGAUGACACAGCUCCCAGGCCAGUUGAUAGUGGCCAUGACGAGUCAAUGGCUAGAUUUAAGGCGGAGUUGGGUUUCAACAAAGCUUCUGUGGUUGACACGGAAGACCUGAGGGCUGUGUUGAAGCAUCUUGUAGUCGAUGAGUCAAGGGACGUGCUUGCUGUAAAGGUUUUCUUUGCUAUCCUUUUCUCAAAGAUGAUAUGCCCAGGUCCUGCUGUCCGUGUAGGCAGGGAGGCGGCAAUGCUAGAUGGUAUUGUUUUUGAAGAUAUGGCAACGAUGGAUUUUUGCCAGUUAGUAGUGGAUGAGAUAAAGCGUGCAACUAUGAGAUGGCAAGAUCCAAAUAUCAUUGAAGCAGGUCCAGAAGGUUGUGGAGUAGUGCUAGUCCUUAUGUAUCUUGAUUGUUGCCUACUGAAGGGCGAGUCUGUGAUGCAUGUGCAGACUCCGCGUGCAAAUUUCCUGACAGAGAAGGUGUUGAAUUCAAUUUUCUUGAAAGAAAUUAUAAAGAAUGGUGGGAAAUUUCUGGAUGGCUAUGUUUUCGGAAAACUUGGGUGGAAAUCCCGUAACCAGAUUGCAUAUUGCCAGCAAGUUUCCCCUGGGCAAAGUCGUGAUCGCGACUUUCAUGAUGCUCAUGUCCAUAUCUGUGCUCCGAAACAACAUGCACAGAAUGAAGAUGUAGCCUUUAAAGUACAAAAAUCUAGUAACACCACGGAUGAUGAUGGUGUAUUUGAGAAGAUUGAUGAUUUUUUACGGAAGGUGAAUGAGUUGGCUGAUGAAGUUCCCACGACGUCUGAUCGUCUGAUCUGCAUUGCUGGCAAUUUUCCUGAAGGCAUGGACCAAGAGAAGAAUCAAUGAAGGAGGCUACAGAGCGUGAUGUUGCUAUCAUUAGUAGUCUCCGGAGUGCGACAUCACACAUUCGCACUGCUUUUAACCAUUUGAAGAAGAAACAAGAUGCGAUAUGGAAAGGCUUUGAAAAUGAUGCUCGUAUUAUUGUGAGUCAAAUUAGCAAGCAGAAUAAUGAUGUGUCUGCCCCCGUACGUGACGAUGAUUGUACUGAUCAACGGGGUGAGGAGGAGAGAUUAGCAAGCAGAAGAAUGACGCGUCUGCCCCCGUGCGUGAUGAUGAUUAUACUGGUCAACGGGGUGAGGAGCAAGCAGAAGAAUGACGCGUCUGCCCCCGUGCGUGAUGAUGAUUAUACUGGUCAACGGGGUGAGGAGGUUGUUGUUGAUGCGUAGAUGACGAUGAAGAUGAUAAGCUAGAGCCCCCUGCUGAAUCUCCUCCGCAUGAUUUUAGUGAUGACUACGCCAUUUAUGAUGAUUGUUUUGGUGGUGAUUCUGAUGGGGGUUGCAAUGGUGUUGAUGACAAUGUUGAUUAUACCAAGGGAGUUUUUGCACCAGGCACAGCCUGUAGCCGAAGGUGAUUGUGACAAAUCUAAUGAGCCAGAGCUUGGGCAGCAAUUCCAUGCUGGUAGUGUUGACAUUUCUGAAGGGAAGCAAGUUGGGUUUGAUUGUCAAGGUGGCAUGUCAGUUACGAUUGAAGGUGGUUUAGAAGUAAAAGAUCGCGCUUCAGAUGAUUCAAGUCGUUUUGUCGCUGACAAUGUUGAUUGUGGUCCAGGUUUGCUUGAUGCUAGACAGGCACCUGAAGGUGCUUGUGCGGGUGUAUUUGUCAUGGAUGGCCUUGGUGAUGAUGUCAAUCAUGUAGCAAGUUUUGAAGGAAAACAAGUGUUGAAGGAUACAGCUAUGCCUGAAAGCAUUGGAGCCGGAGGUGAUGUAUUUUAUAUUCCGGUGUGCGAAGUCCUUGUUGUUGACGGAGCACGUGCAUCGAACAAGGACGCGAAGCCAGCUGUUGUUCUGAACUUCUGAAGGAUGCUGCAGUUGUGGACUCCCAUCGAGGUGGUGAUGCUCAUGCUAGUGUUGCAGGCCCUGAGGACGCAGGUGGUUUGAAUGUGUCUCAUGUGAUAUAUAAAUCAAUUUUUGAUGGUGGUGCAUCUGCUCCUGCAACACUUUCUGGGAAUCCUGUACAAGUACCCGAGGGGUUAGCUGCGAAGUUGAAAGAUAUAAUUUCAAAAGCUACGUUGCACGGUAAUUAUAGUAAUGAGCCCCAGCCUGAAGUUGAACCCAACGUUGACAAAGUUGGUGUUGAUGGCGCUUCCGAGGAGACAGAUAGUGAUGACUUGGGAUUGUCAGUAAAUGAGAUAGGUUCAUCUCAAAUAGUCUCCAGUUUUACGCAAACCCCUGCUACACCGGAAGCGGUGCAACGCAUGAAGGACUUAUACUUUGCUGUUAUGAGGUUAAGGAAGGACAAGAAUAAAAAGGAUGAGGUGCUGUUUGAGAAUGCGUUUUGCAAAGCAACUGUCAAGCAGGUUGCUGAGUCUUUCAGAGUUGGUGGCAUGCUGAACACUACGGUUGCUGCUGUAGGAAUUUUUCUUCUUCCUUCGAAAUACCAAAAUUCUUCUAAGAUGGUGGCUCCAUUUCAUAUUUCGGGGUCCUUUGAUAAUAGGCACUUGAUCAGAUUUUUUUGCUGCCUAUGCCGAUGAGCCGCUGGAUAAGAAAGACAUUGUACUCUUUGGUGUCUUUGACCCUCCAGCUACCAGGGAAGGUGCGGGGCACUAUUGUGUUGUUGCGUUAAACAUCAAGCAUCGUUGUUUUGAGCUGCUUGACUCUUGGCAUCUCCCUGGUAGUGAGAGUGGCAUAAGGGUCAUAAACAGGAUGGCAAAGAACAUCAAGCAGCUUUGGAGGAAUGGCUCGUCUGAUCGCAAGAAGAAGUUGGAUCCGUCAAACAUUGACGAUUUCUGUUUGCACCAUGCCGUUGUGCCCCAACAGGAAAAUCCCACCGACUGCGGUUUUUUCAUGAAUGAACUGCUAGAGACAUAUGAUGGUGAGAGUUAUGCUGCAUUUUCUCAAAAAGAUAUAUAUAUAUGGUCAGGGUUCAAACCUUGUACAGGUGGAUUACUUGUGGGGUUUUCGACAUUAAUAUUCGUGAGGUGCUGGGUUAUUCUGGAGAUCUAGGGCUAGACGAGCCUAAAUUUAGUUUAUUCGAGGGCCAAUGUGAGACACUAGAAAUUCAGGUAAUAUUGGAUGAUGAAAUAUUGAAGUUAGUCCAAGCUGUUAAAGUAAAGAAAGGCGGCGUGGAGUCAAAAUCAAAGGGGGUGGCUUGUGCUGUCUCGAAGGUUGUGGAUCGUGGUGUGGAGAGUGAUGAUGAUUCUUUUAUGCCUCCGGUGCCUAAAAAGUGUUUGCGGCCCAUAGCUGCUAGUCCUAUCAAAGUGGCAGUGAAAUCGCCUCUUGUUCUGAGCGAUGAUGAUGAUGAUGAUUUUGUUUUGCAUGGUGAGAGAACAGUGUUCACCAGGAGCAAAUCAGUGGAGGAGCCAUUGGUAGUGUCUAAUAAAAGGCUAGUUUCUCUGUCAACUAGGCUACGAAUGCCUGUGCAUGCACUCAAGCCAUUCAUGUUUCCAUUCGUGGCUGUUGCAAAACAAACUUUGGACCUAAUACUUAGCAAGGAGUUUCUUGACAAAUAUGCAGAGGUCCCUCUGUUUAAGUGCACUCCUCCAACUGGCGACGAUUUUAUAGUUGAUGCUAAAUGUCUGGUUACCUGUUUUGGUCCCGCUGGCUGCAUCGAUACUGAGUUGAUGGAUCUUCUGAUCAGCUAUUGGAAGGGAAGCCCUGAGUGCAACCAUGUGUAUAAAUCUGGAGAUAGGGUGUUGCUCAGCCCGUAUGUGAUAAAUUAUCUUCUGGAGAUUGAUCCAUACCAUCGACCAGUUGAUGAAGAUGGGCAGGAGGUCUCGGGGCCGCCUUUCAAUGUUAAACUUGCUGCUCAGAAGUUCAAGUUAUACAUUAAAGAGAACCCGCUCGCUGCAAACCUGAUCAAGCUCCCAUAUUGGAAUCUGAAUCAUUUCACACUGUAUACUAUGAACAAGUAUCGUGAGUCCCUGGAUAUCCAUGACUCAUGGAGAUACACUGGGCGUAACCUUUCAAGGAACAGAUUCCAUGGAGAACGUGUUGAAAUCAUAUGUGGUCUUUUUUCCACUUUUUUUCCUUUUUUACGUUCCACGUGCGUGCUGUUCUUUAAAGUAUUUGCAAGUCUCAAUUUUUUCUGUUUUGCACAGAUGUCCAUGAUGUCGUUGUUGAUGAAGGAGGUGUAUGGCGAAGCUGGAUACAACUCUUCAAGGCAGCCCCGUUGGGAACAUCUGGCAGAUAGAUGUAGCUAUGCAAAAAUGCCAGAGCAAGGGGUUAACGAAUGUGGCUUUUACAUGUUAAAAGCUGCUUAUCUGUAUGAUGGCACCAAGCUAGUAGAGGAAGUGAAGAAGCGCGAUCCACAUUCUGCCUACUGGAAGGCCGAGUGCCUUUUUUAUGUUCUUUUUCACCCUAGUAAUGAGGUUCGGCGCGACCAGUGGCCGCGGGAGAUGGCUGACAUUGCUAAGUUGUUACAAGCGUAGUCGCAGUAUAGCGGUGCAAGUAGAUGAAUAUGUGGAUGUGUUUUUAUGAAAGUUUUGUUAGUUUUUUGUAUUUUGUAGCAAGCAUGUUAACUGCAUCAUUAUGCACAUGCAAGUAUUUGCUCCGAUGUGUAGUUUACAUUUGUGCAUCAAGUUAGCUGCUAUUGAGGAUGCUGUUAACUGCACUACUGAGGUUAAUUGUACUAUUUUCAAGAAGGUAACUUCAUGUCGUGGAGGAAGUUAACUGCACUU